GUCGCUUAGUACUAAAAAGGUCGUGGAUUUGUGUAGUUGUCGUGUGCGCUGCGCUGCGCUGUGUUUGUCGUGCCGUGUUCAACGCUCACAAAAGCACACACAGAGACUCCGUGUCAAAACUGUCGUCGCGUCUUUUUACCGUUAAAGCGUUAAUCGCUCUACGCUGCUCUGCCCAAUAGCCACAGAGUAAUUUGUAAGUCGAGUGUGCGGAAUCAGUGUUGCACAAUCUCAAAUAACCAUAGUGAUUAAUUGUUGCAUGUGUGUGUGGGUGUGUGUGUGCGAAUGUGUGCGCGUGAGCGCCCGUGUCUCUGUGUCGUAGCAAGUGCACGUUCUAAAGCCAAACAUUUCCUCCUUUCUUAUACUUUUUCUCCGUGUUGUUAUGCAAAUAGCGUCUGUCGUUUCAGGCAACAACAAUAACUGACUGUGCGUGCGCCAGAGUAUGUGUGAGUGUGGGGCGCGCCCACAAUGCAUAAAUCAAAAUACACAUUAUUGAGUCAUAAAUAAAGUUCGCAUCGCUUGCGCUUCGCUACUUUAAAUAAAGCCGAGGGCAUUGUACUCCCCAACCCGUAACGCCCCUCUAUCGCUCGUGGCCGCCAAAGACUUUGCCAUAUUUUUUGCUCAAUUGUUUGCUAUUGAUCCUCUUGCGCGCCGCCUCGCAUCCGCGCUCCAACCGACCCAUUUGCCUCGCCUGGCCAAUUGAUGAUGCGUGCGUCUCGUUUGUUGCAUAAAACUUGCUCAAUGCUUACACGCCCUCAAAAGCAACAACAACAACAAUAUCAGCAUCAAGCAUAAUAACAACAACAACUACGCGCAAUACACGAGUCCCUCGGGCUGGUUUUAUUACAAAGGCCGUAAAAAGCGCCCAAAAACAAAAAUAAAAAAAAUACAAACAAAAAGUAAGCGGAGUAAACGCCACUGAAAGGAUACAACGCGGCUUCCAGUUAGUGGACCGAUGAAAGACAUUUGAAGGCACUGUGGCAAAAAAAUUUCCAGUGUCAACAUGGUGAAAGGAUUAGAAAUCAAAUUUUAAGAAGCUGCUAUUGCGAGUGAAAACGCAGCUUAAAAUAACCAACACGUGCGCGCUUUAUUUAAAAUAUUAAUAAACACACAUACAAAAUACCCUUAAGCACACACACUCCGGGUGCGAGUGUGAGUGAGAGAAAGGGGCCUGCCACUAAAGUUGCUUCGUCGCCUCGUCAAAUUCUAUUAAAAAUUCAUCUUAACGGUUAUGUGUUUUGACAAAAAAUAACAACAACAAAACAAACACAACAUAAAGAACGAACAACAACAUCAGCUGAAAAAGGGCGACUGUUUGUAAAUAUUUAAAUGAAUUUAUGAGCAGCGCAAAAGUUUUUAAUUAAGUGAAAAAAAAAUUAAAGCAACAACAAAAAGGAUUCCAGCCAAAGAAAAUAAAAUAUAUAAAAUAACACCACGAACACCAACAACCACGUGCACGAAUAUUGUCACUAAACACACACGCAAAAAGCCAGCAAAUCAUUUGGCCCGUAUGUGUGAGUGUGUAUGUACGUGUGUGUGCAUAUUUGAAAUGAUGUUUGCAUAAAGCGAAGCAAAUUUAUUUGAAUUUUUUAUGCCCAUGUAGCCGCUCUCUACCUAUACAGUACACACCACAUACAUAGAGAAUUUACGUGUUACAUUUACAAUUGCCAUUUGGCACAGUCAGAAAAAAGGAAGCCGAAAGAAAAUGGGGUCCAACAUGAAGCAGCAACUGAAAUGCACACCGUUCAUUUUAUGCCUCAUCAUUGGCACCCUGUACCUAACCGGGACCGAGACACACGAGCAUGUCGAUGGCUAUAAGCCAGAUGGUGACAUUCUGCGCGUGCUCGUCAAUAAUUCGGCACAAAUCAAAUGCGAUGUGGGCUCUAGUUUGCCGGAUGACAAGGUGCUCCUGGUUGUUUGGUACAAAAACAAUUUGCCAAUCUAUAGUUAUGACACGCGUGGAGCCCAUGCAGGAACGCCCUCACAUUGGCGUGAUGAGGAGGUGCUCGAAGAUCGGGCCGUCUUUCGCACGCACAAGGAGCCAGCGGAAUUGAUUAUAAAUCCGGUUAAGGAAAAGGAUGCGGGCAACUUUCGCUGUCGAGUGGACUUUAAGCUAUCGCAGACCAGAAAUAGCAACGUCAAUUUGGAAGUUGUUGUGCCUCCACAUCAGCCGAACAUUUACAAUGAUCGUCGCUUGCGCAUCGAUUCCCGUGCGGGCCCCUACGAAGAAGGCGGCAGCCUAGAAGUUACCUGUGUCGUCUAUGGCGGCUCGCCGCCGCCGACUGUCACAUGGCUGAUGAAUGGACAACUUCAAAAUAGCGUUGUCGAUUACACAUACGACGGCACCAUCAACAGCAAAUUGGUGGUGCGUAACUUGUCACGCAUCCACCAGCAUGCGGUUUACACGUGCCAGGCGAGCAAUUUCCACAAGAAAUAUGUGGCCACCAACAUAACGAUUGAGCUCUAUCUUCGUCCGCUUCUGGUGGAAAUCAGCUUCAACAAUCAGCCAAUGUCGGCUGACCGUAAAUAUGAGAUUGAGUGCCAGGCAAUUGGAUCAAGGCCACCUGCUAAAAUAACCUGGUGGAUGGGCAACCUGGAGAUGCACGGCCACAGUCAGAAGGUCUCUGAGGACGGCAAUGCCAGCACCUCAAUACUCUCUAUAACCCCGACAAGGGAGGAUCAUGGUAAGGCGCUGUCCUGCCGAGCCACCAACGAACUGGUACGCAAUGGCAUACGAGAGACCGCAAUGAAGCUAAAUGUGUUCUUUAUACCCACCUUACAACUGGAUUUGGGCUCAAAUCUAAAUCCGGAGGAUAUCGAGGAAGGCGAUGAUGUUUAUUUCGAGUGUAAAGUGCAUGCAAAUCCUGCCGCUUAUAAAGUUGUCUGGAAGCAUAAUCAUCAAAUCAUACAGCACAACCAGCGUGCCGGCGUAAUUGUGAGCAGCGGAGAUCUAGCGCUGCAGGGCGUCACCCGCCACCAGGCCGGAAACUACACCUGUACUGCUUCCAACGUUGAGGGCGAUGGCGACUCGAACAUAGUCGAGCUGAAAGUGAUGUAUAAACCAAUUUGCCGGCCCGAUCAAAAGAAAAUCUAUGGCGUCGCCCGCAGCGAGUCGGCUGAAAUCGUUUGCGAAGUAGACGCCUUUCCGCCGCCCGAGAACUUCAAGUGGUCCUUCAACAACACCGCGGAGACCUUCGAUAUGCCACAGAGUGGCUUUCGUCCACAUUCCGCGCAGGGCUCCACGUUGACCUAUACGCCAGUUAAGGAAAUGGACUUCGGCACCAUCAUGUGCUGGGCGGACAACAAUGUGGGUCAACAGAAGGAGCCCUGUGUAUUCCAUUUGAUAGCUGCGGGAAAACCGGAAGCGCCCACCAAUUGUACCGUGGUCAAUCAAACGUCCGAUUCAUUGGAGGUUUAUUGCCUCGAAGGGUUUGAUGGAGGCAUGCGUCAAUGGUUCCUUAUGGAAAUCUUUGAUCAGCACAGUGGGCUGCUGCAAGCCAAUAUCAGCGCCAAGUUCUCGGUGUUCAGUGUCAGCGGGCUGGAUGCGGGUCGUCUAUUCCGGAUCUAUAUCUAUGCGGUGAAUGGACGCGGACGCAGUGAGGCCGUAGCCGUCGAUGGAUAUACCCUAAAGGCUGCCGAAAAGCAAACUGUUGCAUUAACGUCGUUGAAGGGUAGCGCUCAGGGCGCAAGCAGCUUUGAACUGACACCCAUUCUAUCCAUUGGCAUCUUUGUGGGCAUUCUGGUGGCUCUGGUGUGCAUUGCGAUUGGCACCAUCGCCGCGCUGAAGCUGCGCUCGCACAAGCAUCAGCAGCAGCAGAAAUUCGCACAUUCGAAUGCGAAAUUCUCACGUCCAGGCAAUUUGCAAAUUAAGGAUAAAAUCUCAUUGCCAUUGAGCCACUCCGAGGAGAUGUACGACGAGAAGAAUCCCGAUGUCGUACCCUACAACGAGGUUGAUGGCGAAUAUAAACAAAAAUCAGCAACACAAACGCCAUCGGGACAUCUUUCAACAACCAGCGAGGUGGAAAUCAGCUGUAAGCCUGGCGCCACAGCUGGCGUCGGCGUCGGCGUUGGCGUUGGCGCCGGUUGCUCAGUGGACAGCGGCGCUUACCAAAGUAGCAAGGACGAUGAGCUACACUAUGCCGAGCUUUCGCUGAACAGCGCCACUUGCAGCAGCUCCAAGAAGAACCAACCCAGCCAGAACACAGUCCAGCAGCAGUCGCAGCAGCCGCAGCCGCAGCAGUCGCAGUCGCAGCCAGCUAUGGGUGGCACCCUACCACAUGGCUCGAGUAUGCGCAAGCUGUUGCCCAACAUACCGGCAACGGCGACGCUGCAGCGCCACAAGCCAAAUGCGGGUGGACUGCAGCAUCCGCAUCAACAUGCUCCGCCGCCCACAUACGAUUAUUUCGAGGAGCCCACGAUAUACGCGCAGAUUGAUGCAUAUAAGACACGGGACGGCGCUGCGGCUGCCAUGCAGGUGGACACAGUGGCUGGUGCCGCCUUCGGGCCAUGCGUAUCAUCACCAGGAUCGCAAGGAACGCCCUCAACCGUGUCGCCGGGCACGGUGCAAAUGUAUACGUUACCCCCCCAUCCGGGCGGCUAUCAUACGCUACCGCAUAAUCACCAUCAGCAGCAGCAGCAGCAGCCGCACAACUCCGCAUCUAUGAUGCAAAUGAUGCAUCAACAGUUGCAGCAUCAUCCAGCUGGCAACAUGCCCAUGCCACCCUCCUACCAGCAGCAUCAGCAACAGCAACAACAACAACAACAACAGCAUCAGCAGCAGCAGCUGGCACAUGGCCAAAUGCUCGUCUCGAGCAACAGCAGCGGGCUGGCCUCGACUGCGGCCAUAGCCAGUCCCAGCAGCUCCCUCUCAGGACUCUCCGGUGUUGGGAAGUCCUACUCGCGCGAAAUAGUCACAGUACGCACGCCGCUCAUGUAUUCGCAGCAGGAGAGCUGCGUCUAAGCCCAAGUCAUGCGGAAUUGUGAGCUCUUUGAGGUUUGUGUCUAGGCAUAAGCGUUGCCAAAUCGAAUUGAAAGCUAAAAAAUGAACUGUAAAAUAAAUCUACAAGAAUUGCAAGAUCUAAAAGAAACAUUGAUGGGCCAAACGCCACUUGCCAGUUUCCCAUUUACGAUACAAAUUAAAACAAGUUAUAAAUCAAUGUAAUUAUAAAUGUCAGUGCAUACAAAUAUUUGAAAGCAAGCCAUAAAUUUGCUUAAUUCAGCAAAUUGUAAAACCAUAUUGAUCAAAGCUAAAUAACAUUUGAGCGCAGGCUACGACAGAUACCAAUGCACCGAUUUAUCAGAUUUAAAUGCCAUUAUCGUAAAUACUGAAAACAGAAACGAUGCGAAAAUAAUUCCAAUAAGAGUGGACGAAGCUGUAAGUUUAGAGCGUUAUUAAAUAUACGCUAGGUAAAUGAACAACAAAUAGAAAAAUUCAUAAAAAGCUUAUAAUUUAAUUCAAGGCAGCGCAAAGUAUUUCCUUAACUGAUACUGACUGAUCUUCACAGCUUUUAUGUUUAUUUAUUCUUAUGUUUUAUUUUAUUUCGACUCUACAACAGCAACAAUGAAUUCCAAUUAAUAGUGCAUCACAAAAAGGUUCCUUCCUUAGUGUAAGUACUAACACUUGACGUCGCAAACAGCAGAAAUAAUAUUUAAAAAGAAUUUAUUACGACAAUGCAAAUAUUUUCCAAUUUAAAUUUGUAAAUGUAUGUAAAUGUUAAAAAAUAUAUAUAACUACCCAAUUAGUUGCAGUAUAGUAAUUAGUAUAGUAAGCAGAACAACAACAAUUUAUAGGAACUAAGCUCAAUAUGGAUAAACACUGGAGCAUUAAUUAUUAUAUAUUACUAGAAGCUCACAAAUCACAAGAGAGACACACAAAAAGAAACUUUUUGGCAAUUAUAUAAAGAAAUUAUUGAAAAAAGAAAAAUAAUAAUAAAAUAAAGACACACAUAUACACACACACAAACUAUCUACAAUUGGCUUAGCAUAAAUGAUUAGUAGCUCAUAACAACUGUAAAUAGCAAAAUGUUAAACAAGAAAAUAUGAUUUUUUUAAAUCAAUGUGUCAUAAAUGAAUGUAAAGUAGUUGCAUA